AUGGAAAAUACAGUUGAGAAUGAGGUGUUUAUUAUUGAACAACGUCAUAAAAAGGAGAAAAAAGAGCUUCAAGCCCAAAUCCAAGGUCUAAAGAAAACUGCAAAAAAUGAUAAAACGAAAAAGAAAGAACUUACUGCUGAGAUUGCAAGAUUGGAAUCAGAAUUAGAAAAGCGACAUAAAGAGGAAUUGGAAAUUAUACAAAACGUAAAAAACACUCCAUUGGAUACGGAAGUAAAUGGGUUUGUUGAAGAAAAUGACAAUAUAAAUGGUGAAGUACGAACAAAAAUUUCGAAAGCCCAAAAACGCAGAGAUAAAAAGCAACAACAGGAAAGAGAACGAGAGGAACUAAUUAAACAACAAGAAAAAGAAAAUAUCAAUGGGCCCAGAAAUUUAGAAAACCAGGCAUUAUGUUCAAAAUUAAAAGAAAGAAAACUUAAGAUUUUCUCAAUACCAUCAGAUGGUGAUUGUCUAUAUAAAGCAAUUUCCCAUCAACUAGAAACGAAAUUUAAAAAAUCAAUUACCGUUGAUGAGUUAAGAAGUAAAGUAUCCGAAUAUAUAUUACAAAAUAAAGAUGAAUUCAUGCCAUUUCUUAGUAACCCUGAUACAUAUGAAAUGCUAACGGAGACAGAAUUUGAAGAAUACUGUGAUAAAAUAAAGAAUACUAAAGUAUGGGGAGGACAAUUGGAGAUACGAGCUCUGGCUAAUUGUUUAGAGCGCCCAAUAACUGUGAUCCAGGCAACAGGUCCCGAGGCAAUAGAGCAAGGCUCAGAAUAUACUGGUCCUCCAUUAAUAAUUUCUUAUCAUAGACAUAUGUACAGCCUAGGUGAGCAUUAUAAUUCCACUGAAGAACUGGAGGAGGCUGCCUAA